AGCUUGUUUGGCUCUGCCACAUCCAUCAUGCCAUAGAUAUCAGAUGAGUUUACAGGCUUCUGCAGCAGCCGCUAUGGAGAGUUGCAUGUAAACAAAUAAGACUACUCUGCAGAAUCUGUCUCUCCUUCCUUCCACAGAAAUUUUAUACAGAAUGGCGAAACCGGCUGAGAAAGCCUAUUACCGUUUUGUGGUACUGUUCUUCAACUGCCUGUUGACGUUCGGCUCCUACUUCUGUUUCGACAUCCCAAGUGUGUUGCAAGAUCAGUUCCAGGGGAAUCUGACCUGUCCAAACGCGUCUGUAACUAAUGGGACCUCACAAAACACUACAGAGGUGUGUGUGGAGGGUCUAGGAAUGACCCCUCAGGAGUACAACCUGCUCUACGCCAUCUAUGCCUGGACAAAUGCACUGGUGGUGAUUAUGGCUGGCUUCCUUAUUGACAAGCUGGGAAAUCGCUUCGGGGUGUUCCUCUUCUCCUUCCUGACGGUGCUGGGGGCGGCCAUCUUUGCUUUGGGUUCCCACUUUAAGGGCACCUCGGCUCUGCUGCCACUCAUGCUCACUGGCCGCCUGCUCUUCGGCUCCGGCAACGGCUCCCUCACCAUUGUGCAGAACCGUAUCACAGCGUUCUGGUUCCGUGGCAAGGAGCUUGCAUUAGCGUUUGGUCUGACCUUGGCAUUCUCCAGACUGGGUUCGGUCCUUAACUUCUUUCUGACGCAGCGCUUUGAGGCUGACUAUGGCAUGCAGUGGACUCUCUGGGGAGGCACUCUUUUGUGUGUGCUGGGUUUCCUGUCUGCCAUCACUGUGAGUGCUCUAGAUAAGGUGGGCAUGAAACAGCUGGGUCUUGACGGAGCGAUACAGGAGGAGUCCCGCAAAGUGAGGAUACAAGAUGUGAGAUUGCUGUCUCUGCGCUACUGGCUGCUGGUGCUUACCAUCAUGUUCUUUUACAACGGCAUCUUUCCAUUCAUCGCUGACGCCAGUAAGUUCAUCCAGGACAAAUACAGCGGCUAUGAGCAGAAGGACGCAGCCUACAUCGCUGGAGCCGUGUAUGACAGCUCUCUGGUGCUCUCCGCCACUGUGGGCAUACUUAUUGACUACAUCGGCCUGAGGGGUGUGUUUGCUGUCUUAUGUGCGGUCCUCACACUGCCGGUGUUUGGCCUGCUGGCCUUCACCUUUGUCCCUCCUCUCAUCUGCACUAUUUGGCUCGGAGUCACAUACUCGUUUGCUGCUGCUAGUAUGUGGCCUUCUAUUCCUCUUGUGGUACCUCAGGCAACUCUGGGGACGGCUAUGGGCCUGGCUACAUCAGUGCAAAUGGUUGGCAUUGGAGUUUCCAACCUAGUGGUUGGGCAGAUUCUGGGCACCAAAUCUAGUGAUGCAAAGAUCCCACUGUGGCGAUGGCAGAGGAUGAUGAUCUUCAUGUUAGCCAACACCAUCAGCUGUAUUGCCACGGCAACGGCCCUCAAUUUCGUGGACCAUCGACAGGGGGGGACACUGAACAAAACAACCAAGAGGUCCGCAGCAGCCCCUCCUGCGGCAGCAGGGGACAGAGAGCCUCUGGUGGGAGAGGAGAGGGAGGGAGCUGGAGACGGAGAGCGACAGGAAGAGGAGUGAGGUCAUCUGCAGCCAUUGACCACACCUGGAGCUUUCACCUUCUCAUAUGACCUGGGAUGGAACAUUCACUCUUUCACCUUCUCAUAUUGAUUUUUUCUCCGCUUGCUUUUUUCAGUCCUCUCUAUUUGUCCUCUAUCUUUAUCAUUAACUUUUUAUCUUUUUCUAAAGAGAAGCAAAGGGAGCAAUGUUACGUGUAAAAUUCUCGGAUACUCUACUCUACUACACUAACAGUAAUUAUAUCCACUCCUCUUUGCUGACUGUGUUUUAGUUGCCUCUCAGUAUCAGAGUCUGGAAAUACUUGUGGUCAGUGACAUAAGUGCAAAACAUUAAAGUAUGGACUAUUGCUUAACAGCAUAGGUCAGAUGUGUGUGUGUGUGUGUGUGUGUGUGUGUGUGUGUGUGUGUGUGUGUGUGUGUGUGUGUGUGUGUCAGAAAUCAGAAAUGUGCCAAUUCAUUUUUUGUUAAAUCACUAUUGCCAUUAUGGUUGCAUGAGGGACAGGAUUUUUUUACUGCAUGUAAAAAUUGUAACAAUAAAAAUGUUUGUAUUAA